AUGGUUCGCGUCGUAUCACUGAGCGGGCGAGAGGUCGACGUCCGCUGGGGUCCCGAGGACACCUUGGGCGAUAUCGCCGAGAAAGCCAGAGUGGCACUCGGCACCUGCCGCGGACGGCUUCUCCUCGGCACCGACGUCCUCGACUUCGACAGCAAGAUGAAGGAUGUGGGGGAUGGAGUCCUGACGUUCCAGUCAAUUUUGCCCCGCACGCUGGCGAGUUUGAGGGCAUACACGAUCCUGUACGGCGACGGCACCGCGGAGGCGGUGGGGGACCCUGAUCUCGGUGGCCGAGGUGGCGCGCAGGGGGUGAAGGCGGUGCAGUGCACCUGCCAGGCCUUUGCAGCCCUCUUGGAUAAUGGAUCGGUCGUGGCUUGGGGACAGGAACUUGGCGGCGGCGAUGCGAGUGCAGAUUUUUACGAGGAAGACAUCGUGCAGAUCCAAUCCACCGACACCGCCUUCGCGGCCAUAACGAUCGACGGCGCGAUCGAUUGCUGGGGUAACCCGUGCACAGGCGGGUUGGGGCCCCUUCAGCCUGGCGAUGAUGGUGAACCUGUACGGCUUGACGUGGAGGGAGGCCCUGCCCUCUUGCUCUGCCCAGGUCUCUUCGGCGCGGCGCCUGGACCUUGUCUGUGUCGCCUCUUGAAGCCUGGAGUCUUCGGCACGGCUCGCGACGGCUUCGCGCAUCGCCUGGGCCCUGGUGCUCUCUUUGCUGCCUCUUCGAAGCCGGCUGGUUGGCAUGUUUUGUGCAUUCGUCGCAGCUUUGUUGAUUUCCCGAGCCCCCCAGCUUCAGGGGUAGGUGCGAUGGCGCACUUUCGCCGCUCGCAGGCCGUGAACGUGGUCCUCAGCCCCGCGCUGCCAGACCUGGCUCGGGUCGGCGUUCGCCUCGGCUUGGGCGACUAUCCGGCCUGCUGCGACCGCCUGCUGGAGCUCCUGGAUCCGAAGCUGUGCUCAGAAACUGACCGGAUCGGUGUCCAGCAAGCCAACGCUGAGUUGCAGAGGCUCCGGAACAAGCUGGACCUCCUUCCCGAGUCGGAGCUGUCCAAGGCUCUCCAAGAGGCGCAAGGGGCGCCAUCUAACGCGGAGCGGCUGUUUGUGACGCUGCCUUCGCAGUCGGCAUCUGCCAAGAGCCGCUCCGUUCUUCAAGGGCGAGGUUUGGGAAGGGGCUCCUCUGCUCCCAAGGCCAGUUUGGACAAGUUCAUGAAGCAGAUGAGGAAUACGACCGAGGUUGCAGAGCCCAGCGAGCCGGUGGUUGCGCAGCCCAGCGAGUCGGUUGCAGAGCCCAGCGAGCCAGCGGUUGCAGAGCCCAGCGAGCCGGUGGUUGCGCAGCCCAGCGAGCCGGUGGUUGCGCAGCCCAGCGAGCCCGCGGUUGCAGAGCCCAGCGAGCCGGUUGCAGAGCCCAGCGAGCCGAAGGUUGCAGAGCCCAGCGAGCCGGUUGCAGAGCCCAGCGAGCCGGUUGCAGAGUCCAGCGAGCCGGAGGUUGCACAGCCCAGCGAGCCCGCGGUUGCAGAGUCCAGCGAGCCGGAGGUUGCACAGCCCAGCGAGCCGGUUGCACAGCCCAGCGAGCCGAAGGUUGCAGAGCCCAGCGAGCCGAAGGUUGCAGAGCCCAGCGAGGCAGUGGUUGCAGAGCCCAGCGAGGCAGUGGUUGCACAGUGCAGCGAGUCGGCGGAGCAGGAAUCAGCCGAGGAGCCAUCCAUUCCGGCCUUUGAGAACGGGAAGCUGGGUGAGCCGCUCAAGGAGUACAGGGACCACGUGGUGGCGAGGCAGGAGUUUGAGCACUACGGCCCGGACUGCCCGCUGGAGGUAGUCCGACGCUUCCGGGAGUGCCUCUAUCGCGACGAGAAGGACACGGCGAACUUCAAUCCCUACUGGGUCGUGCUGGAGUUCCCCACUCGCACUGGUGUGGGGCCGCUGCCAGAGUGGAACGGCGCGAUGGCCUUCUGUCUUCGCGAAGGCGAUCCCACGAACUUCCUGCUCGUGAGCAAGAACAAGGGCGUCGCGGUGCGGGCCGAGAACGUCUUCAAGGCCGGCUGGCAGCGGGGCAACAUCCGCAUCUUCGACAAGGGGGCCUACUACCAAGCCAAGGACCAGGACGCGGCGGAGUUUUCCCCACGGGCGGCGCUCCGAAGCCUGGAGCACCUCGACCCCGUCGGCUACAUGUCCCACAUGGCCAAGCUGGAGGACCGCUUCGGAGGCGACACGGCCCUGCGGACUCGCAAGCGCAAGGCCACGACCGAGGAUGAGUACAUCUACGUGCAGCGGGAGGCCCUCAACAAGCUCCGCAAGGCCGUUGAUGAGGAAAGGGAGGCCAAGGCGAUGCUUGCGAAGUCCACGCUUUCCAUCGCAGACUUCAACUACGAGACCUGCCAGUGCUGGUAUUGGGACGAGCCGAGUGGCUGCAAGAAGUCCGUGCCCUUGGACGAGGCCGUCGCCAUCGCCAUCCAGACGAGGAGAACCAUAGUGCUUUACGGGCCUCCAGGUCGAGGCAAAUCGCCCUUCGCCAAAGCACUGGCCGGCUGGUACAUGCAGCACGUCCUGAAAGGCAAGAUCGACGAGAUGAUCUUCACCGGCACCGUGGACAGCCUCCGCAAGGCGUACCAGUUCAACCUGCUUCAGGGCGGGCGGCCCCUGGUUUUCGAUGAUCUCCUUGCCAACCGGCAAAACGUGGGGAGCCAAGGAGGAGGGCCGGACUUUGUGAAACAGCUCUUAGGCAUCUCCCGGGAUGAUCGAGCGACUCUCCAGAGUCGCUACGCAGAUAUGCAGAUCCCACAGGAUUGCCUGAGAAUCAUCACGGUUCAAGAUGUCGACAAGGUGCACCCGGGGCUCCAGGUCAUGCACAGCGCCACGGAAACCCACAUCCCCAAGGAGUUCUGCGGGGACUUGCAUGACAUGCCCAUCAAGGAGUAUUUCGACGUGGACCGCCGGGCAAUCCUCAAGAGGAUGGUCGCGAUCUUCGUCCCCGAUGGCAUCCUGAAAGGCGAGGUGCUGGGUGGCCGCGUCGAGUCUGAUCAGGAGAACAUCGCCAGGCUGCGGGAGCUCUGGAGUAAGACCGUCGGCUGA